GGGCUCAUUUUAAUAUUGCCAUUACACAUGCUGAAUUUCAAGAGUCAAUACCGAGAAAACUAUAAAAUGAAUAGAAAACCAAAUGCAGAGAGUAUUCACUAUUCAAUAUCCAUGCUUCCUCCAUACCUGAGACAGAGUGGACUUGCUAUCCUUCUAACUUCAAAAAUGGAAAGUUAUUAUAUUAAAUUUAGUACUCAAAUUAUCCCAUCCUUCCUAUAAAUUCAGUUUAAUUGUCAGUUGUCACCCAGUUGCAACAAAGAAAUCCUCUUAUCUACUAUAAUGAGCAACUUUAUCCUCUUUCUGUUGUUGUAUUCAUAUUUGCUGAUUACACUUGGUCUGGGUGAUGAACUUCCAGGCGGUGUGAAAUGCAUUGACGAAGAGAGACGAGUGCUUCUCACCUUUAAACAUCAUCUUACUGAUCCUUCCGGCAGGCUUUCUUCUUGGUCAGGCCACAAUUGCUGUCAAUGGAAUGGUCUUUCAUGCGACAACCACACUGGCCACAUUGUAAAGAUGGAUCUCCGGAAUCCAUAUCCAUACAUAGUUUAUGAUGUAGAGUGGGAUUUUGUGGACUACCAACGGUCUUGCUUGAGUGGUAAGAUAAAUCCUUCUUUGCUUAGCAUAAAGCAUUUAUAUUACUUAGACCUAAGCUGGAAUGAUUUUCAAGGGAUUCAUAUUCCCAACUUUUUGGGGAAUCUUACGAGCUUGAGAUAUCUCAAUCUCUCAUACGCUUCAUUUUCGGGAGAGAUUCUUUCCAAAACCUUGAGUUGGCUUUCUCGACUCUCUUCCCUGAAGUACCUCAAUCUCGGAGGAGUUGACCUUCGCAAGGCAGGAGUGAGUUGGUUACAUUAUGUCAACAUGCUUCCCUCACUAUUAGAGUUGCAUUUAUCUGCAUGUCGCAUUCAUUCAAACCAGCUUCCACUCUCAUUACCGACCCUUAACUUCACAUCUCUUUCAGUCCUUGAUAUGUCUGAAUUUUUUUUCAAUUCUUCGAUUCCCAGCUGGUUUUCUAAUUUGACUAGUCUAAAGACACUUGAUCUAUACGGCAGUACUUUCGUUGGUCCCAUUCCCAAUGAUUUUUCUAGCUUCAAAAAUCUUGAGCACCUUGAUUUAUCUGGUAAUCAACUUGAAGGUCAAAUUCCCAAACUCAUUGGGAACUUUUGUACCCUCAAGACAUUAUCUCUUGCUGAAAACUUGUUUGAGAAGGAAGUUAUACGAGAUGUUUUGAAUGGUCUCACAGACUGUUCAAAUUCCAGACUAGAGUCACUAGAUUUAUCUCUCAUUUUGCUGAAUUAUGAAUUGCCUGCCUCCAUAGGGAAGUUACACAAAUUGCAAUAUCUCACCCUCCAGGGCAACUCCUUUUUGGGAUCAAUUCCAGAAUCUAUUGGAAACUUAUCAUCCUUGAAAGAACUGACCCUCUCUUCGAAUCAUUUGAAUGGAUCCAUUCCUGAAAGCUUGGGACAACUUUCUGAACUAGUUCACUUAGACCUGUCUCACAAUUUAUGGGAAGGCAGUUUAACAGAAUUCCAUUUCAUAAAUCUCACAAAAUUAGACUCUUUUGGUGUAAGCACAGACAGGCCUAUGCCUCUCAUUUUCAAUGUGACUUAUGACUUGGUUCCUCCUUUCAAACUCCGUCAAAUUCACAUUGAGAACUGUCUAGUUGGUGAUGCAUUUCUCGUCUGGCUUCAAUCACAAACUGAAUUGUUUGAGGUCACCCUUAGUGGUACGGGAAUUUCAGGUAUACCAGAGGAUUGGUUGUUGAAGAUAUCACCCCAGCUUAUGAUUUUGGAUCUCUCCAACAAUCAAAUCCAAGGAAAGCUUCCAUUUCAAUCCAAGUUUCCACAGUUGUUUAUAUUAGAUCUGAGUCGCAAUCGAUUUUCCAAGUCUAUUCCCAUAAAUUUUGGACAACUAAUGCCAAAUCUAGAAAGUUUGUCCCUGUCUGAUAAUCAUUUAGAUGGUACCAUUCCACCCUCUAUAUGUGAGAUGCAGUAUAUGUGGAUCCUUUCUCUAAGAAACAAUCAGUUCUUUGGGGAGUUCCCUCGAGCAUGGAGUUUGUGGGGCAAAAUCUCAGUUGUGGACGUCUCAGAAAACAAUCUUUCUGGUAAUAUUCCGAGUUCAAAGGGUAUCCCAAGUAGUCUUGUUAUAUUGAAGAUGAGCAACAAUAAUUUUGGUGGCAAAAUUCCUUCUUCCUUGCAGAAUUGCUCCCUCUUGAGUAGAAUUGAUCUCGGAGGCAACAAUCUUUCUGGAAACCUGCCUUCAUGGAUAGGUUCAAUGGUGACAUUGCAUAUACUACAAUUGCGUCCAAACUCGUUUAGUGGUCACAUUCCCAAACACUUGUGCAAUCUUGUCAAUCUCCAUGUCCUGGACCUUGCUCAUAACAACUUAUCAGGUACCAUUCCAAAGUGUUUGGACAAGUUGGGUAGUGAAGAUUCUAGUGAUUGGGAUGUCUACAAUUAUGAUGAGCGAACAACAAUAGUUUCAAAAGGAAGAGACCUCGAAUAUGGUAGUUCCAAUGUAGAUUUGGUGAAGGGUAUUGAUCUUUCCUUGAAUAACUUGGAAGGUGAAAUUCAUCAAGAAAUAAGCAGUCUCAUUGAAUUGAGUAUCUUGAACUUGUCGAUGAAUCAUUUACAUGGAAAGAUUCCCACAAACAUUGGAAACAUGAGUUCGCUGGAAACACUUGAUCUCUCACACAAUCACCUUCUUGGAGAGAUUCCUCAAAGCUUGUCUACCUUGAACUACUUGAAUCACUUGAACUUGUCUUACAACAACUUUUCUGGAAGAAUUCCUUCCGGCGAUCAACUCCAAACACUGACCGAUCCAUCCAUUUAUGAGGGCAAUCCGUCAUUGUGCGGCUUUCCUCUUUCAACCAAGUGCCCCGGAGAUGACAAGCCUACUACCAGUGGGAAUGUUCCUGUCGAAGACAAUGAUGAAGAUGACAACAAGAAGCUUGGUCUCUAUGUUAGCAUUGUGUUUGGCUUUAUCACAGGCUUCUGGGGAGUCUGUGGCACAUUACUAGUGAUGAAAUUAUGGAGGUAUGCCUAUUUUCGAUUCUUUGACAAUAUCAAAGAGAAGAUAAUAGUGGGAAUUGCAGUGAAAGUAGCUCGUUUCCGAAAAAGGAACCUUUGA